CUCCAUUUUCCUACUGGGCUGUGGCUUCUGGCGUCAUCUUUCUCCUCCCAUCCCUUACGACACUACUAGUGGGGCUUGCCCGGUAGGCCCUGGCGGUAAAAUCCGGAUUUUUCCACCCCUCCCUCUCUUCUCUCACUUUAACCAGAUCUACCUUUCUCGACCCCGUUCUUCCAGUGGGUAGUCUCUAGAAUGACCUUCAAACACUGUCUCCUAGUAAGAUUUUAUAAAGAUUGUCCUUCUAAAUGUAAAGAAAUCUGGGGUAGACUCAAACUAAUGAGAUGUUUUUAAGACUAGCGUAAUUAACAAUCGGCCGGAUAAUUUGGCCUCCGUCCAGCACGAUCCAAAUUUUGAGGUCAUGUGAUCACCUGGGAUUAAACCUGGGAUUUCACCGGCCAGCCACUGUGGGACAACGCUAUCGCUAUUUCCGGUCCCUAGAUGGUAGCAUAAACGUCACUUCCUUAGCAAUGCACUUUAACCUGUUUCACGCACGCCUGCCACAUUACAGUUUACGACGUAGUCUUUGUGAUUUUUUGUGUGUUUUUUCCUCUAAUCGCAAGAACAUUAAUGUUCCAACCAUCCGCAAAAAUAUAAGCCCCCAAAAUGCAUCACGCCCGCCUGGGACGGCGGGGCGGAGCUCGAGGUCACGUGACUGUCUAGGUCCGCCCCUCUCUGCAGCUGAAGAUUUCCCCUCCCGCAGUGACAGAGCCUCUGCUCCGUGAUCGGUACUGCUUCUGCACCUCGCGCCCGGGCAGGUAAAUUAACAUGAUGGAUUUCUCCAAGCUACCCAAAAUACUUGAUGAAGAUAAAGAAAGCACAUUUGGUUAUGUGCAUGGGGUCUCAGGACCUGUGGUUACAGCCUGUGACAUGGCAGGUGCAGCCAUGUAUGAGCUGGUGAGAGUGGGCCACAGUGAGUUGGUUGGAGAGAUUAUCCGACUGGAAGGUGACAUGGCUACUAUCCAGGUGUAUGAAGAAACCUCGGGUGUGUCUGUUGGAGAUCCUGUACUCCGCACUGGUAAACCCCUCUCAGUAGAGCUUGGGCCUGGCAUCAUGGGAGCUAUUUUUGAUGGUAUUCAGAGACCUUUGUCAGAUAUCAGCAGUCAGACCCAAAGUAUCUACAUUCCCCGAGGAGUAAAUGUGUCUGCUCUUAGCAGAGAUGUCAAAUGGGAUUUUACACCUUGCAAAAACCUGCGGGUUGGUAGUCACAUCACUGGUGGAGAUAUUUAUGGAAUUGUCAAUGAGAACUCACUCAUCAAACACAAAAUCAUGUUACCCCCGCGAAACAGAGGAACUGUAACUUACAUUGCUCCACCUGGAAAUUAUGAUACCUCAGAUGUUGUCUUGGAACUUGAAUUUGAAGGUAUAAAGGAAAAGUUUAGCAUGGUCCAAGUGUGGCCUGUACGUCAAGUUCGGCCUGUCACUGAGAAGCUGCCAGCUAAUCAUCCCUUGUUGACUGGCCAGAGGGUCCUUGAUGCCCUUUUUCCAUGUGUACAGGGAGGAACUACUGCAAUCCCGGGGGCUUUCGGCUGUGGAAAGACAGUGAUAUCGCAGUCUCUAUCCAAAUAUUCCAAUAGUGAUGUGAUCAUCUAUGUAGGAUGUGGUGAACGAGGAAAUGAGAUGUCUGAAGUCCUCCGGGACUUCCCAGAGCUCACGAUGGAAGUCGAUGGUAAGGUGGAAUCAAUUAUGAAGAGGACAGCUUUGGUAGCCAAUACCUCCAAUAUGCCUGUUGCUGCUAGAGAAGCUUCUAUUUAUACUGGAAUUACGCUGUCAGAAUAUUUCCGUGACAUGGGUUAUCACGUCAGUAUGAUGGCUGACUCUACCUCUAGAUGGGCGGAGGCCCUUAGAGAAAUCUCUGGUCGCUUAGCUGAAAUGCCUGCAGAUAGUGGAUAUCCUGCAUACCUCGGUGCCCGUCUGGCCUCUUUCUAUGAGCGAGCAGGCAGGGUGAAAUGUCUUGGAAAUCCUGAAAGAGAAGGAAGUGUCAGCAUUGUAGGAGCGGUUUCUCCACCUGGUGGUGAUUUUUCUGAUCCAGUUACAUCCGCUACUCUUGGUAUUGUUCAGGUGUUUUGGGGCUUAGAUAAGAAACUAGCUCAACGUAAGCAUUUCCCCUCUGUCAACUGGUUAAUCAGCUAUAGCAAGUACAUGCGUGCGUUGGACGAGUACUAUGACAAACACUUCACAGAAUUUGUUCCUCUGAGGACCAAAGCUAAGGAGAUUCUGCAGGAAGAAGAAGACCUGGCAGAAAUUGUACAACUUGUCGGAAAGGCUUCUCUAGCAGAAACAGAUAAAAUCACUCUGGAAGUAGCAAAACUUAUCAAAGAUGAUUUCUUACAACAAAAUGGGUAUACUCCUUAUGACAGGUUCUGCCCAUUCUACAAGACAGUAGGGAUGCUGUCCAACAUGAUUGCAUUUUAUGAUAUGGCCCGUAGAGCUGUUGAAACCACUGCACAGAGUGACAAUAAAAUCACAUGGUCCAUUAUCCGUGAGCACAUGGGGGAGAUCCUUUAUAAACUUUCCUCCAUGAAAUUCAAGGAUCCGGUAAAAGACGGUGAAGCAAAGAUCAAGGCUGACUACGCACAACUUCUUGAAGACAUGCAGAACGCAUUCCGUAGCCUCGAAGAUUAGAACUGUGAUUUCUUUCCUUCUUUUCCUCAGCAGUCUCUCCUCUGUGUAUAGUUUCCUAAAUUUCUCAUCUCCAAACCCUUUGCUUCUUUGUUGUGCAGCUUUGAGACUAGUGCCUAUGUGUGUUAUCGCUUGUUCCCCUGUUUAUCUGGUGGUCUUCUAUGAAACAAACAUUCCUUUGUUCCAGUGUUUGAAGGGCCUCCCUGAUCCUUUCUCCGAAUGGUGAAUGUAGUAAAUAUGAUAUAUAAUGGCUACACUACUGUAAACUCAUAUGUAGGGUGACAUGCCUCCUUGUCCUAGGUUUGCCCUUGCCUCAUCACCAUUAAAUUGUAAAUGGGA